GUGACCAUGAACAUUGAAACAGUCUAGAUUGUAAUUUGUCCACAGAUGGUAAUACUGAUCUAGCAGCAACUACAGGCACUUGAAGACAUUCCCUGUGUGCUUGUCAGAAACAGCUGACUGCUUUUCAUCAGUCGUCAUGUUUCGCAAGGCUGCUUUCUUCUGCUCCCUGCAAGUGGACUGGGAUCUUCUCAGGAGAGCAUCUCAUAUGGCGGCAGUGUUCCACAGAUGUCCUUUCUUCUCCAUUGGACCGGUUGUCCUGCAUUUGGCAGAACACUCAUGGCUGCUGAGCUCUGCUCACAAGUGUCCUGUAAUCAGGCAUCUAGUCUCGGGGCCAUUAGGCCGAGCUCCGUCCUCUUCUUCCUCUUUGUCCAGCUACACGGCAACUGACCCAACAGGUGAAAGCAAGUUGCCUCCUUGCCACAUUAAGCCCCUGGCUGUGGUCUCCAAGUGCCCUUUCUUGGAUGCAGAGAUGGUCCAGACUAGCCAUAACGUAGUGAGGGAGGAUGUCACAAAAACCCAAACUGGAACAUGUGUGGUGGACAAAUCCAUCAUGGACACUAAGAUGACCAGUACACUUGACUUUGUCAAACCCAUGACCUCCAAAGCAUCUCACUUUUUGAAGGAUAACCUUCCUAAAGGUGUGAGCUUCCAGUAUGACGGCUUCUUUGAGGAGAAAAUAAAGGGCAAGAAAAGAGAUCACAGCUACAGAGUUUUUAAGACGCUCAACAGGCGUGCGCCUUCCUUCCCCAUGGCGGUUGACUACUCAGACGGUGUGGGUUUAAAGAAAGACGUGGCGGUGUGGUGCAGCAACGACUACCUGGGCAUGAGUGGCCACCCCAAAGUCACACAGGCCAUGUUGGAGACUUUGCAAAAUCACGGUGCUGGUGCAGGAGGCACCAGAAGUAUCUCCGGGACGAGUCAAUUCCAUGUGGACCUGGAGCUCGAGCUGGCUGACCUGCACGGCAAAGAUGCCGCUCUGCUCUUCACUUCCUGUUUUGUAGCCAACGACUCCACAUUGUUCACCUUGGCUCGGAUGUUGCCAGGCUGCCUGAUCUACUCGGACGCUGGCAACCAUGCUUCCAUGAUCCAAGGCAUCGCCAACAGUGGAGUCAAGAAGUACGUCUUCCGCCACAAUGAUGUCAGCCACCUGCGAGAGCUGCUGGAGAACUCGGACCCUUCUGUCCCAAAGAUCGUUGCCUUUGAGACGGUGCAUUCGAUGGACGGGGCAGUGUGCCCACUGGAGCAACUCUGCGACGUUGCCCACGCUUUUGGUGCCAUCACCUUUGUGGAUGAGGUGCAUGCCGUGGGCCUGUACGGGUCCAGAGGAGGGGGGAUUGGAGACCGAGACCGAGUCACCAACAAGAUGGACAUCAUCUCCGCUACCCUGGGCAAGGCAUUUGGCUGCGCGGGCGGUUACAUUGCAAGCACCGCCGCCCUGGUGGACACGGUGAGGUCCUACGCCGCGGGCUUCAUUUUCACCACUUCUCUACCUCCCAUGCUGCUGGCGGGAGCCAAGGAGUCUGUCAAGGUGCUCAAAAGUGACGAAGGCCGAGUGCUCAGGAGGAAACACCAGAGGAGUGUCAGGCUGCUCCGACAGAUCCUCUUGGACUCGGGUCUUCCACUCGUCCACUGCCCAAGUCACAUCAUUCCUAUCAGGGUGGCAGAUGCAGAGAAGAACACAAAGAUCUGUGACAUCAUGCUGUCUCGUUACAACAUCUACGUCCAGGCAAUCAACUACCCCACUGUGGCCAAAGGGGAGGAGCUACUUCGCAUCGCCCCGACGCCACACCACACCCCCAAGAUGAUGUACGACUUUGUUGACUGUCUGCUGAAAACCUGGACAGAAGUUGGCUUGCAGCUGCAAGCGCACUCGUCAGCCGAGUGCACCUUUUGUCAGCAGCCUCUUCACGUGGGUCUGAUGAGUGAGCGGGAAAAGUCCUACUUUACUGGCCUCAGUCACGUGGUCUCAGCCGCAGGUUAGCAUCCUUGUUAUCCCAGCCAUGUGUAGAAAUAGAUCUUGUGUGCUCGACAUGGAUGCUAUCUGGGCAAAUAAAGUGAAAGUAAAUGUUGGAUUAGGAUUCUGUACAUAUUGAUUAUCUAAAAUACGGCCCAUUAAGAUUUUCAAUCCAGCUUGCCGGACAUGUCCACAUUUUUUUUAAACCUUCAACAUGGAAACUGUAGCCGCCAAUAUGAUGUGCUUUCAGAUUACCGUAAACCUUGAACUAUAGAACGUAUGCCAAUCGCUUUUGAGUGAUAUACGGGUUAUUACAGGCAGAGUGGGUGUUUUGUUUUUUGUUUUUUUUACAAUUAGCCACCCUGAAAGCAGAUUUUACAACAAAGUUCUGCAGAAAAGUGAUGUAUCAGAUUGUAGGUGUUUUUUUCACCCUUUAAGGUGUUCAUAUUUCGCCGUGUUUGUUUCAAAAGAGGAGCGACAUUCAUAUGUUGUUGAUAUUCAGUGUUUUAUCGUCCAUACUUAAUAUUGUA